AUGGCGUCUACUUCUGCAAGCGGGAGUAAAGGAAAGGAGAAGGUUAUGGACGCUUUUGAUGAGCUAGCACCAUCUCCACAUAUCCCUGCCUCAAUACCCAUGAAAAGACCUUCCUACCAUGUUUUCAUCAAUCAUCAUGGACAAGACGUCAAAUCCACCGUAGCUAGCGUUCUCUAUGGCAUGCUCACCGAAAGGCAACUCUCAGUUUUUUUGGAUAAACCAGAGUUGGAAUAUGGUGAUUACUUUCCCCAAACAAUACAAGCAGCAAUGAGCAGUGCUCUGGUGCAUAUAGCUAUUUUUUCCCAGAGGUAUGCAGAAUCAACCUGGUGUUUGGCAGAGUUGUCGUUUAUGCUGAAAACUGGCGCUACAGUUAUUCUUGUGUUCUACCAUGUAGAUCCUAGUGAUCUCAGACGGGUAGAUCAAGGAAAGUAUGUUAAUGCCUUUCAGAAGCAUAAACAGGAGGGCAGAUACAGCCUAGAAAAACUUGAGGCGUGGAAGAAGGCACUCCACCAAGUCUCAUUUUACACCGGCCAAAAAAUUGAAGCUGAAGAAGAUGAGAAUAGGCAGCUGAAGGAUACUGUGGAUAUUGUAUUGAAAAAAAUAAAUGAGCCAUUAAAGGUUGCAGACCAUCCAGUAGGUAUGAAAGAAAUAGUGGAAGACUUUGAGAGGAGUUCAACCCAUUCUGAUGAGGGUGUACAGAUUAUUGGAAUUUGGGGCAUGGGUGGUGCUGGCAAGACCACUCUUGCAAAAGAGUUAUAUAACAGAAGAUCGUCUUCAAUUGGAAGGUCCAGUUUUGUGUAUAGUGUUCGAGAUGCUUCAGACAACGGCUUAUUGUAUCAUGUCGACCAAUUCGAUGCUUUAUUGCCUGAAAAAGACAGACUUGCAACAGGUAGUCUCAUCAUUAUUACCACAAGGGAAUAUGAUGUCCUUAAAUCUUGGGGCAUCACUUCUGUGCUUGUUAGACAGUUAUUAGAGGCUUGUCAUGGAUUACCUCUAGCUCUUAAAGUAAUUGGAGCACAAGUCUUUGGAGAGUAUAGUAAAGAAUGUUGGGAGUCUUUGUUGGAUAAGAUUACAAGGAUUUUGCCUAUUGAUAUCCAAAGAAUACUCAAAAUAAGUUAUGACACUCUUGAUGAUGAAGAAAAAGAGAUGUUUCUUGAUGCUGCAUGUUUCUUUAUUGACGAAAACUGCACUUUGCUCAUUGAAAAAAGUAUUAGCAUUCAAGGAAUAAAGGCGAGCUCAAUUCAAAUAAUGUGGGGCGAUUACAUGAAAGAAGAGGAGCGCUUGCCAGAGACGGUAGGAAAAACUGGCAAGGAUGACGAGUCUCGUGUUAGCUGCAUGGACGGGAAACUAAUGGUCAAGACAAAUGGAGGAAUUUGGCAGCUCUCACCCUCUUUAGUUGGACUUAAAUAUUUAAUAACUAGUGGAAAUUCUUUUUGUGAAGUAAUGGUUGAAGUAUCAAGAGAGCUGGUCUGGCUUCGCUGGUUCCAAAUCGGGCAGCGAAAUCUUCCUUCUGGGCUUUCAUUGAAAAACUUGAGGGUUUUAGAACUAUAUGAAAAAAAUGAUAUGUUUUUUAAGAAAGCGGAACAUCACUUAGAAAAACUGUGGGGAGAGACUGAGGGCGAGGCCCCUGUGCAGUUAAGGGAGUUGAUUAUUUCUCAUUGCCGAAACUUUCAAGGUUUUCCAAAAUCUAUAGGGCAUCUCAAACAUUUGAAAAAGAUAGUAAUCAUUGCAAGCUGGAAUGUUAGGAGUCUGCCAAAUGAGUUUUGCCUUCUGCAAUCGCUGGAACACCUGGUUUUCCAUUGCCCAUUGCUAUCACUACCCAACAAUUUCGGCAAUCCGAGCAAUCUGCGGUAUCUAAAUUUGGCCGAUUGUAGCUUUGAGAGAUUGCCCGUUUCUUUGAAAAACCUGAUGCUCCUGGAAUAUCUAAAUUUAGAGUUCUGUUCAUUACUCGAAUUCACGUCAGAGGACUUGAACUUUAUGGAAAAUAUGACGAAGCUCGAGUUUUUGAGUCUUUCCGGGUGCGAGGAAUUGGAGGACUUGCCUCGUCACAUAACAACUCAGGCAUCUUUGAGAGAGCUCUAUUUCAGCGAUACCAGUUUAAGGGAGCUACCAAAUAACAUCGGUCAACUCAGCAAGAUGAGAAAGAUGGACGUUACAGUGAUGUCGACAAGCUUGCCGACCUCUUUUGGAGGUUUGUCUUCCUUGACGCAACUUGCAAUUAAAUCUUGUCCUAAGCUGGAGCGUCUACCUGACUCUUUUGGAGGUCUUCCUUCCUUAACAAUUCUUUCAAUUGAAGAUUGUUCUAAGCUGGAGGGUCUACCCGACUCUUUUGGAGAUCUGUCUUCCCUGACGAAUCUUGAUAUUAAGCGGUGUCCUCAGCUGGAAAUUCUACCAGAAUCAAUUGGUCAACUGAAUAAUCCUCUGAAGCUGUCGAUAUGCAGUUGUCCAAUUAGCGAAUUGAAUUUUGGGACGGCAUCAUUAACUUUUGGACCGAGCAAAGUGAAGGAUAUACAACUAAUUGAAACAAAAGUGUGCAUGAUUUCAUUUUCUGAAGACUGUUGUCCCCACUUGAAGAGUCUUUCUAUUUCUGACAAUCAUCAUUUAAAGGAGAUCGAAGCUCUGCCGAGGAAUCUCGAGUCAAUAACUUUGAAAGACUGUGAAAUGCUGAAGAACAUUCCAAGUUUCGCACAAUUAACUUCUCUCAGAAAAUUUCAGUUAUUUGGCUGCUACGGGAUUGAGAAAAUCGAAGGUAUAGAAAAUUGCACAGGAUUGACAGAGCUGAGAGUUGACACGUGCUGGGAGGUGCCGGGUAUAGAAAGCUUGGAACACAUGCAGAAUUUGAAGGAGCUGGAAUUCCGGGCAAACAAGGGAUCAGUUAUUGAACGUUGUAUUCAAACGAUACAGAAAUGGCCAGAUGAAACAAUAACAAUAUUUACGCGGGCACUCCCUCAGGCGGCCUCAGUUUUAGUCUCUUUAGUGUCUCCGAACCUGGUAUCUCAAUACAACGUUCUCAUCAUAAAGCUUUCACAGCAGAGGAGUUUCGCAUCGGGUAGGAGAACGGCGGAGAAGAGGACAAGGUGGAGCAAGGUUUUGGUGAAAUCAGCUGGAAAUUCGUUCUGUGCAUGUCGUCCUUCUGAAUGGAACCGGCUAUCAUCGCCGUAA